GCUAUGGCCAUCUCUUGUGCAAGUAUAAAACCAGCUGCACAGAGGACACUGCUCUCCAUCCUGACUGCACUAUGGGGUGCAGAGGUCUCUGUCUUGUCCUGCUGGCCCUUCUGGCUGGCUCCUAUGCACAACCAUGCUCCCUGAUCGCGUCCAAUUUGCUGCGUAUGGACAGCGAAGAGACCUUCAUACUGGACGGUCUCGGCUCUGCGUUUGAUGCUAAUAUUCGUAUCCAAGAUUUCCCCAGGAGGAGUGUCACUUUAGCUGAGGGAACAGUCUCUGUCAAUAAGAAUAAUGGAUUUCUGGGACAAGUUACACUGACGAUUCCCUCGAAAAAAAUGGAGAGAAUCCCAGAUAAGAAACAGUUUGUCUAUGUCACUGUGACAUCCAGAAGUUGCAAAUUAGAGAAAGCUAUCUUGGUGUCCUAUCGAAGCGGAUAUAUUUUCAUACAGACUGACAAACCCAUCUAUACUCCGGGAUCCACAGUUUACUACCGGAUUUUCACCAUGGACCAAAACAUGAAUCCUGUGGACAAGUCAGUGGACACAAAAAUCUCGACCCCGCAGAAAGUCAUUGUAAAAGAAGACUCUAAGCAACAAGGCAAAACCGGCAUUAACAGCCUGUCCUAUGAACUAAGUGAUCUUGCAAGUUUGGGAGAAUGGACCAUAUCAGCAAAGUAUGAUGGCACAGAUAUGCAGAAUUACGUCACACACUUUGAAGUGAAGGAAUACGUACUGCCAAGUUUUGAGAUUAAGCUUGAAAAAACUCAAAAUGUUUUUUACUUGGACGAUACAGAACUAAAAGUAAAAAUCUCUGCACAUUACCUGUUUGGGAAGCCUGUGAAUGGAAAGGCAUUUGCACUGUUUGGGGUAAAGAGAGACAAUGAAAAGAAAAGUAUCACAGAAUCUCUAAGAAGAAUUCCGAUAUCACAAGGUGAAGGUACUGCCACUUUGAAAAGGGAAGACCUAGUGACGUACUUCCAGAAGGCAGAAGACAUGCUGCAAUGGAGGCUGUAUCUGACUGUCACUGUCAUCACUGACUCAGGCAGCGAUAUGUUGGAAGCUAUGCUGGAUGAUAUUUAUAUUGUGACCUCUCCGUAUAAAAUUCUCUUCACAAAAACCUCCAAAUAUUUCAAACCCGGAAUGCCCUUUGACUUUAUGGUGUUUGUCACUAACCCAGAUGGGUCUCCGGCAAAAGGUGUCCCUUUAGUGGUUGAAUCAGAAAAAAGUGGUGGAACAACUCAGGAAGAUGGAACAGUUAGGCUUUCAGUCAAUACAGAUUCAGCUAUAACAUUGCUGACCAUAAAGGUAAAAACAAAAGCUCCAAACUUAGCCAUUACCCAGCAAGCCUCUGCCACCAUGACAGCCAAUGCAUACAAGUCUGCUGGUGGCAAUUUCCUACAUAUCGGCAUCGCAGGUGGAGUAUGGAAACCAGGAAACAAUCCUUCUAUCAGCUUUACUAUCAAGAACCAUAACACUGGAACAGAAAAACAGAUCAAACAUUUUAUCUAUGUGAUACUGAACAAAGGAAAAAUAAUGAAAGUGGGCAGACAGGAAAGGAAAGCAGGCCAGCCCGUGGUCAUUAUGAAACUGCCAAUAACACCGGACUACAUCCCAUCAUUCCGCAUUGUGGCUUAUUAUACCGUGAAAACUGGUGAUCAGCAUGAGAUCGUAGCUGACUCUAUAUGGGUAGAUGUGACAGACACCUGUAUGGGGACGCUGGAGUUGACAGUGGCCAAUAAACAAACCACUGGAGUGUAUGAACCUGAGAAUACUCUGAAUCUGAAUCUGAAAGCAGAUAAAGGAGCCUCCGUUGGGCUGGUGGCUGUGGACAAAGCUGUUUAUGUGCUCAACAGCAAGUAUAAGAUCUCACAGAGUAAGGUUUGGGAUUCUGUGGAGAAGUAUGACAUUGGCUGCACUCCGGGGAGCGGUUCCAACACUAUCGGAGUGUUUCAUGAUGCUGGGCUGGUCUUGCAAACAAGCUUCAUGCUGGAAACUCCUCAGAGACCAGACCUUUUAUGUCAAGCAAAAUUAAAUCGCAGACGACGUUCAUCAGCUGCACUGAUUCAAUAUAAAAACAGUAAAGCAUCGCGGUACACGGACCUAGAGAACACGUGUUGUCAAGACGGCAUGCUUGUUAACCCCAUGGGUCACAGCUGUGAGCACCGCUCCCGUCUCAUCCAGGCAGGACAGAAGUGUAUUGAUGCCUUCCUUGACUGCUGCAAGGCAUUUGAGAAGAUGAAGGCAUCUGAGAAGGAACUGAUGGAUAACGAUGACCUAUCAAGAAGUGAUGAAGACGGUGAGUACGUAAAAGAUUCGGAAAUACAAUCCAGAUCAGAUUUCCCGGAAAGUUGGUUCUGGCUGAUGGAGACAAUGACUGAGGAAGCAGAUAAAGAUGGACUUUCAACCAAGCGUCUUAAUCUUACCUUAAAAGGUUCAAUUACUACCUGGGAAUUUUUGGCUGUAAGUUUGUCUGCAAACAAAGGUAUCUGUGUGUCUCAGCCAUGUGAUAUUGUGGUUAGGAAGACAUUCUUUAUUGACCUGAAGCUGCCAUAUUCUGUGGUGAGGAAUGAACAAGUAGAGAUACGGGCCAUUCUCUACAACUAUGCCAAAACCCAACUUAAAAAGGUGCGUGUAGAGUGGACGUAUAAUGAAGCAUUCUGCAGUCUCUCCACUAGUAAAAAGAAAUAUCGCCAAGAGGUAACCAUUGAAAAAGAAUCAUCAUUGGCUUUACCUUUUACCAUUGUGCCCAUAUCCUUGGGCUAUCAUGAAGUGGAAGUGAAAGCAUCCGUUGCAUUUGAAUCAGAUGGUGUCAGGAAGAUGUUGAAGGUCGUGCCGGAAGGAAGGCGCAUAGCACUAAAUCUGAAAACCGUGACUUUGGAUCCCGAAGUAAAAGGCAGAGCUGGGAUACAGACAGAGAUGAUCCCAGCAUUGGAUGUCAAAAAUAUUGUUCCCAAAACAGAGGUUCAGACAAUUGUCACUGUCCAAGGGACUAAAAUUAGUGAAUUAGUUGGAAAAUCCAUUGAUGGCAUCAAUCUGAAUCACCUGAUCUCAGCUCCCGGUGGAUGCGGGGAACAGAACAUGAUGCGCAUGACUCCGCCUGUAAUUGCUACACAUUACCUGGAUGCUACUGGUCAGUGGGACAGAGUAGGAGCAGAGCACAGAGCGAAGGCCCUCGAGUACAUCCAAAGAGGUGUAGAUGGCCAAAUGGCAUAUCGUAAACCAGACUCUUCAUAUGGUAUUUGGAUAGGCACACCAUCCAGCACAUGGCUCACUGCUUAUGUUGUGAAAGUAUUUGCUUUGGCUUCAAAAGUAAUCUACAUUGGCAGAGAUGUUCUGUGUGAUUCUGUAAAGUGGUUGAUACUGAAUAAACAAAAGCCAGAUGGGUUAUUCCAGGAGGAUGCACCAGUCCAGAGCCAGAAGAUGGUGGGAGGGAUGACAAAGGGAGCUAAGGAGUUUGAGUCUACACUCACAGCCUUCGUCCUCAUCGCUAUGCUGGAAAGUGAGAAUACCUGUAAUCACUACGUUGGUAAUUUGCGUGGAAGCAUUAAUCAAGCAACAACAUUCAUAACUGAGCAAUAUCCAUCCCUGGUGAAACCAUAUUCAAUUGCAAUUACUUCAUAUGCAUUAGCCAGAGCCGGAAAGCUGUGGGACACAAGGAAGCUGAUGUCUGCAUCUACAGGAAAUAAUCAUUGGGAGGAGCCAGGCUCCCACCACUUAUCCCUGGAGGCUACAUCCUAUGCGCUCCUCACACUUCUGACGUUAAAGCAGUUAAAGCAGGCUGGACCAUUAGCGCAAUGGCUAACAGAGCAGAGAUUCCAUGGAGAGGUUUAUGGAUCAACACAAGCUACUAUCAUGUUAUUCCAAGCUCUUGCCCAGUAUCAGAUAGACGUUCCAUCUGUCAAAGAUUUGGAAAUGGAUGUCAAGUUCAAGCUGCCAGGUAGAACGCAUACUACGCCUCUUCGCAUCAAUCUUAACAACGCCAUGCUGGAACGCUCGGAUCAGACAUCAAAUAUUGGAAACUUUACAGUUACUGCAGAAGGGAAGGGACAAGGAACCUUGUCAGUGUUUUCUGUGUAUUACGGUAUUGAGACAGAAACGGAGAAGGAAUGUAAUAACUUUGAUCUAUCGGUAACAAUUAGGGAUGAGCCUGGAGCUAAGAAGCCAGACGAUUCUAUAUCAUCCGUCUCCAUUGAGAUCUGCACCAAAUUCCUUGGUACUCAGGAUGCCACCAUGUCCAUCUUGGAGAUCUCUAUGAUGAGCGGCUAUUCCCCAUCUAUCGAUGGUCUCAAAGUGCUUGAAACCAGAGUAGACAGAUACAUCUCCAACUACGAGGUCAACAAAGAUUUUGAUAGAGGCACACUGAUCAUAUACCUGGACAAGGUUUCCCAUAAAGAGGAGGGGUGUAUAAAGUUCAAUCUCAAUCAGCACUUUAGAGUUGGACGUAUCCAGCCCGCGUCUGUCACAGUGUAUGACUAUUACUCCCCAGAAAACCGCUGCACUAAAUCAUACCAUGUGGAAGAGGGCAGUAAGCUUCUGGGAAAGAUCUGCUAUGGAGAUGUGUGCCGCUGUGCGGAAGAAAAUUGUUUUCUGCAGCAACAAUUGGAUAAAGUUACUGCCAAAGCACGAUUAGAUGCGGCAUGUGCGCCGUCUAUGGACUAUGUCUUCAAAGCAACACUCACUAAGACUGAGAAGAGAAGCAACUAUGAUGUCAGCGUGAUGACCAUUAAGUCAGUCAUUAAGCAAGGCACAGAUAUAGUUUCUAUUGGUGAGAGUCGCAGUUUUAUCAAUCAUGAAAAUUGUCGAGAUGCCCUACAGUUACAGGAGGGCCAAGAUUACCUGAUCUGGGGCUUGCGUCAAGAUCUGUGGCACAUAGAUUCUAAGUAUUCUUACAUGGUCACCAGGGACACCUGGAUUGAGAGGAUACCAACUGACAAGGAAUGUCAGAAACCUGAGAAUGGGGAGCUAUGUGAGGACUUAUUCAACUUCAUAGAUGAGCUGGAUUUCCGUGGUUGUCUCCAGUGAAUCACAUUUUGCAUUUCCAAUGUAGUCUGUAAAUGUAUUGACUCUAUAUAACAAUAAAACAGUCGACUCUG